AAAGACAAACAUGUAGAUACGAGGGAUUACAGUCUUUUCAGAUUUCACACCAAUAUCUAUCUACACAAAUCUACAAUUUUUUUUUCUUUUUGCUUAAAUUUAACAUUUUUAAUAAUUUUCGAACCAAUUUUCUUCGACCCAAUAUAAAUAUCUCGUUCCCCUCUGUAGGGGCCACGACCACCUUUGAUCCGAAAAGUCUAACUCCCAUACUUAUGACGAUGAACGACGAAAUCUACUUACACGCGCCAACCACCACCGUCGCCGCCGCUAACUUUUUCCCUCCGAAACCCGAAACGGUGUCGUUGCGGACGGUGGGGUCAUCGCGGGAGCUGCGCUACGAAACGGGGCUGGAAGGGAUCGCCGCGGUGGUUGGAGAACACGUUCUUUUCGGGACGUCGUCGUCGUCGACGUUGCAUGCUCCGGAGACGCCGAAGAAAACGGCUGGGGUGUCGGCGAGCAAGAGUUACCGGGGGGUGCGGAAGAGACCGUGGGGGAGGUGGUCGGCGGAGAUACGCGACCGGAUCGGGCGGUGCCGCCACUGGCUGGGGACGUUCGACACCGCGGAGGAAGCGGCGCGUGCGUACGACGCGGCGGCGAGAAGACUCAGAGGCGCGAAGGCGAGGACCAACUUCAAGAUACCCUCGGUGUUGCCUCUUUCUCCGUCGUCGGAAGGUGGUGUUGUGAAGCCGAAAGCCGCGCGCAAUAACGCUAGGAAGUGUUCUUCUGUGGAGCAAUUGUUCAGUGGUGUGCCUCAGGUUCGAAGAAACGAUGGUGGUGGUGAGAAUGUGAACGUGAACGUGGAGGUGGAGGUGAAUUUGAAGCUGGGUGUGAGGAACAGUAGAAUGGUUAUUUAGGUUAAAUAGUUGAAUGUUUGUGUUGUACAAAUUCUGUGUCUCGUUCUUGUUCUUCUUACGUUUCUCUCUGUUUUGUAAAACCGUGUAAGCAAUGUUGGUUGAA